GUCUCUCUCUAUAUUUCCCUGUUUUCCCUCAAACCAUGAUGAGAUAGAAGGGAAGAAAGUGCGAAAACAUAAGGAGAAACUAUGGUAACGAUCCUGCCAUAUCAGGAAGAGAAUCAGGGAAAGAAAAUUGAAUAUACAUAAACCCACUCAAUGCAUUGUAAACAAACAGACACCGAAACAAUCAGCUGAUCUCUCCUACGGAGAUUUUCCUCUUCGUGCUAGAAAAAAAGAUAGGAAAAAAGAAGAAAAAAACGUUGUGAGUGCAGAGUGAGUCUGUUUUGGCGAGAUCUUGGCCUUGUGACCCAGAUUGAGGCAGAAGUAGAGGUGAGUGGAGCACGUUUGUGGUGAGGAGAUGGCACGUAAGCGUGAAGAGAGAGCUAUUAGAAAUGCGCAGCGGGCAGCUCGGAAGGCCCGUGCUUCUCAGAGUGGGCAAGACCCAAGCUUCGUUUCGUUGAAGCAGCAGUUGGUGGCCAUGGGACUAACCCUUAGAGAAAUACCAGGAGAUGGAAACUGUUUAUUUCGUGCACUAGGAGAUCAGCUAGAUGGAACGCCAAACACACACCAAAAACACAGACAAGAUGUUGUUGCAUACAUGCGACAGCAUCGCAGUGACUUUGAGCCUUUCGUUGAGGAUGAUGUCCCGUUUGAUAGGCACUUGAGUAACUUGGCUGAACUUGGAACUUAUGCUGGAAACGACUGUAUUGUUGCUUUUGCACGCCUUCAUGAAGUUAACAUUGUAAUUCAUCAACUAAAUGCUCCCCUCUGGCAGAUUUCUGGAAUAGAAGGUAAAAAAAAUAUUCGAGAACUCCACAUAUCAUAUCAUAAUGGUGAUCACUACAACAGUGUACGCAGAAUUGGAGAUGUAACGACCAGUCCUGCAAGCAUCAAGUUGGCUGUUCAGGAAUCCUCAAAUGAUACCAAAGAUAAAAAGAAGAAUGGGAGCAAAUCCCCUGAGAAGUCUUACAGUGAUGACUACUGCCAAGAGUAUGGCCAGGAGUAUGGCCAGGACUAUCCAGUUUGGUCAGGGGAGGGCUAUGACUACUCAGAGCCAGUGUAUGAAGGUCUCUCCAAGGAGGAGCAAAUGGUCAUUGACAAGACAGGCUGUGAAGAUCUGCAGUUGAUCAGGUUUCAGCUGGAGGCCCAUGAGUACGAUGUGGAGGAAGCCAUUGAAUCUACGCUCAACUAUGUUUUCUCACAGCAGAAAGGGGAAAACCCUCAAAUCACACUUAGCACUAACGGCAUAUGGGGACCAAAUGGGACUGGGACUCGCAUAUUUGGGGAGGGUGCAGCCACUCCCAUAGCCCCCCCAACAUCCAUCCAUCCAAGUUACCAAAAGAAGACAGCGCAGGAGAAGCUCCAGCAGCGCUUGCGCACACAGCCGCACCUGUCUAACUCCAAACGCAAGGAGCUGAAGAAGCAGUUGAGGAAACAGCAAGCAAAUGACAGGAAGAGGCAGCAGCAAGCAAGCUAUGAUUCAGAUGACCCGACCUCAAACCCCAGUGAUGACUCAGAGGUUAUCAUCGUCAAAGACAUUGGUUGCCUGAGUAUUUAAGUGAUAUAGAUGGUACGCAAUACAUAAAACUGUUAGUUACUUUACAAGAAUCUAGACAUUAGCUAUGAGUGCUGAUGAUAAGAAACAGAUUGGAAACAUUACAUGGAUGAAUUAAUACUUUAUAACUUUAUAUUAACUGAUGGUACGUGACACAUCAGUGUUUAUAGUGAUGUAAAAAAUAAAAGAAGUUAAAUUGGAAGCUAAUAAAGAGAACGGGGGCAAAACUUGAAGAUAGCACUUUUUUGAGAUGAUUGACAUGCAUUUAUCUCAUAUUCAAUUGAUAACUAUCAGGCAGCAGAUUUUCAAAGAUAUAAAAGUGGUAGGUGAAGAAACAUUUUUUUCAUAUAGCUUUUGCCUUUGGCUCAUAGCAGUCAUGUAUGGAAAUGAUUGUACAAGGAUACGAGGAACUGAAGAAGAAAUAAUGAAAAAAGACUAGUCGUGCAAAUAAAAGUCACUGUUUCUUUAUUUUAAGAUGGUUAGGAAGGAUUUCUGCUCAUUCAGACAAGUAAGAAAAACAAAUGGAAACAGACUUUGUCAUUUUGUGAAUCUUAUUAUAUGGUGGAUCUUCAAGAGAGUGCUUGAGAUGGUUUAUCUGCCUGGUGAAAUGUCUGUUGGUCUUGGGGCGGGUGAAUACCCUUUGCAGAAAUAACCAUAAAAGUAAAAGAAAGAAGGAUAUAUCAUUUAGGUAAGAAAAAAAUGAUUUAGAAUAUAAAUUAUAAUUAUAAUAGUAAUAAUUAUUUUAGUUAUUUUUCCAAGCUGUUGACUUUAUUAUGAAUAUAGGUCUUCAAUUCUCAAAGGUAUUACCAAAAAAGACAAAACAAAAUUAGUUUUGUGCUUCAGGGUUCAAAGCUGGUAAAGAUACCCCCUUUUGAUAUUUUUUUCUGGUCUUUGUCUGUGAUUGUACUUUAGGAAAGGGCUUUAAUCAACUGUCCAUUUGUUCUUCAAGACUACCAGUUGUGAAGGAGACAAAUAUUGCAAACUAAGACAGUAACUUGCCUUUAUACAUCAGGUUGUUUCUUGUGAUUUCAUUCUCGAUAAAACUGCAGUAGAUGAAACCAGUGAAUGUGUAUUUUAAUUUAUAAUCAACAGUGUAGGGCAGUUCUAAUGUAAUCUGUGAAGACCUUCAUAGUAGAUCAUAUGUUUAUUUGCUCUACAACUUUUGUUUACAUUUAAUGAGGCAAAGAAAAAAAAGUAGGAGGAACCAGUUGUAAGACAUGCAUCAACUUCUCAUUUCUUAAGCCCAUAAGUAUAAUAUUAGUAUCACCAUAUUUUGUCUCACCACUCACAUUCACAAAUAUUUAUUAACUCUUAAAAAGCAGAGUAUUGUGUGAGGACCUGUGAUUAUAUCUCUCUUACUUCUCUUCUUGCAAGUGCUCAACCUCCAAUUCAACAGCUGCUUGGUAAACUGCUAGUCACUAACUCUACUGCAGAUACUUCCUUAAGAUUUACAGGUCUGCAGUUUGGUCAGCUGACUGCCUGAUCAAACUUCAUCUGGAUACAGUGUGCUGUACUUUUUUUGUAUAUGUAUAUUGAGGUGUGUACAUUUUGUUAUACAACAGUUGUGGGCUUUUAAGUAAAUUGGAUGAGACUGCAGUUGAUUUUUCUGUGAUAUGGAACAAAUGGAAGUGGAGGCUUGCAUUUUAUAUCUUCACUGUUGGAAUAAUUAAUAUUCACUGCAUGCAACAGGUAACUGCUGCCAAUACAGAGCAAUCUACUGCACGUUCAUAUCCAUCUCAAAUUAUGAUUAAGUUUUACUGUUAGUAGGCAUGUAACUAAACAGUUACUUAUUCUCAUAAGGAGCAUAUAGCAGAGGAUCUUGUUAAAGUUUAGAAAAAGAGAAAGAAAAAAGACAUAAUUAGGAUAGCAAGUUUCUUGGAGAUACUGAAAAAGGAAUCUAAAGAUUAAAUGCCUAUUAUGAUACUAGUAAUAUUUGAAAUUGUCUUAUAUUUCUUUAUUAUGUACUGUAAGCUUCUUGAAGUUCUUAUUCAAGAUAGAGCAAAUGUUCACUUUAAGCACUCAGAAAGUUUUCUUAAGAGGUUUUAUUCAUAGUGGUCUGCUGUUGAGUGAAUGCAUCUGCAGACAAAUUUACACAAUGCUGUAUAACUGCAAAUGAAGAAUAACUUUUGAAA